AUGCCUGGGAAGGCCUUUCUGAAAAAUCAUUCUGGGAAACAAGCAACAUCUCUACAGUUGAUCUUGUCCAAAGUGACUAUGUCAAGAGUAGCACAUAUUCUCCUGUAUGUAUGCUAUUUAUUUGCCAUAGAUAAAAUCUCCAAGAAAGACUCCUGUGAUUUGCCUGCAAAUCCUGACCCUCAAUGUCCAGCAAAACCAAUCACAGCUGUACCGGAGCAGAAGGAAAUGGGCACUGGAAAAGAAGGUCCAAACAGCCCUCCCAAUCGCCCACUUGGAGUCCCUGUUAUAAAUGAGUAUGCUGAUGCCCAGCUCCACAACCUGAUGAAAAAAAUGCAUCAGAGAACAGCUCUCUACAAAAGAAAGUUGAUAGAGAGAGAAAUAUCCUUGCCAGAAGACAGCCCACACACUGCAAAGCCCAUAAUGGCACCAUCAACACAAGAAAGCAAUUCUAAUCUUAAAAAUGAGCACCACGAUGGCAUAUUGCAUUGGCGAUUCCAGAAGUUGCCUCUGACAAAAUAUCUGAAGAGAAUGAGACUUCCAAGAAGCAUAGAUUCACACACAGAUCGACUCUAUCUCCUGUGGCUCUUGCUUGUCACCAUUGCGUAUAACUGGAACUGCUGGCUGAUACCGCUGCGUGUGGUCUUUCCAUAUCAAACACCAGACAACACACACUACUGGCUUAUUACAGACAUCAUAUGUGAUAUCAUUUACCUUUGUGAUAUGCUAUUAAUCCAGCCCAGACUCAAGUUCAUAAGAGGAGGAGAAAUAAUAGUGGAUUCAACUGAGCUGAAGAGACACUACAGGAAUUCUACAAAAUUUCAAUUGGAUAUGGCAUCAAUCAUACCAUUUGAUGUUUUCUACCUCUUCCUUGGAUACAAUCCAAUAUUUAGAACAAAUAGGAUAUUGAAGUACACUUCAUUUUUUGAGUUUAAUCAUCAUCUAGAGUCUAUAAUGGACAAAGUAUAUAUCUACAGAGUCAUUCGAACAACUGGAUACUUGCUGUUUAUUCUGCACAUUAAUGCCUGCAUUUAUUACUGGGCUUCCAACUAUGAAGGAAUUGGUACAACAAAAUGGGUAUAUAAUGGUGAAGGAAACAAAUACCUGAGAUGUUAUUAUUGGGCAGUUCGAAGUUUAAUUACCAUUGGGGGCCUUCCAGAGCCACAAACUUUGUUUGAAAUUGUUUUUCAACUCUUGAAUUUCUUCUCUGGAGUUUUUGUAUUUUCCAGCCUAAUUGGUCAGAUUCGAGAUGUAAUUGGGGCAGCUACAGCCAAUCAGAACAACUUCCGUGUCUGUAUGGAUCACACCAUAGCAUAUAUGAACACUUACUCCAUCCCUCAAAGUGUGCAGAGUCGAGUUCGGACUUGGUUUGAAUAUACAUGGUACUCUCAAAGAAUGCUAGAUGAAUCUGAUUUGCUUGAGAACCUGCCAACUACAAUGCAGUUAGCCCUUGCCGCUGAUAUGAACUUCAGCAUCAUCAGCAAAGUCGAUUUGUUCAAGGGUUGUGAUACCCAGAUGAUUUAUGAUAUAUUGCUAAGGUUGAAAUCCACUAUCUAUUUACCUGGUGAUUUUGUCUGCAAAAAGGGAGACAUUGGUAAAGAAAUGUAUAUCAUCAAGCAAGGAGAAAUUCAAGUUCUUGGAGGCCCUGAUGGUGCCCAGGUCCUGGUUACUCUGAAAGCUGGGGCAGUGUUUGGAGAAAUCAGCCUUCUGGCAAUGGGAGGAGGAAACCGUCGAACUGCCGAUGUGGUAGCCCAUGGGUUUGCCAAUCUUUUAACUCUGGACAAAAAGACCCUUGAAGAAAUUCUAGUGCAUUAUCCAGAUUCUGAAAAGCUUCUCAUAAAGAAAGCCAGAGUGCUUUCAAAACAGAAGGAUAAGCCCAAAGAGGAAACAUCUCCAAGAAAAGAACUUGCCUUCUUUUUCGCACCAAAACAAGAGACACCCAAAAUGUUUAAAGCUCUUCUGGGAGGUAGAGGAAAAGUAGAUCUUGGGAGACUACUCAAAUUGAAGAGAGAAAAGAGAGCUCAGAAAAAAAGUGGAAACUCCAAAGGAGAAGGAGGCAAAAGAAAAAAAGAUGAAGACAAAGGAAGAGGACCAUCAGAGAAAACACUGGACAGGUCCAAAGAUGAAGCGAGUUCUAUUACAACAGAGGAAAAGCCCCAGUCAAUUAGAAGGGCAGUUUUACCCAGAGAAACUAGCUGUCAAUCUCUCGUCAUCACCAUGGCUCCUUCUGCUGAGACAGGGGAGGAGGUUCUGACUAUUGAAGUCAAAGAAAAGUCUAAGCAAUAAAUGUUUGAUUAUCUUUAAAUAUAACCCAGCUAGUUCCCAAAGAGAUUGUACCCAGAAUUGCAGCUUAAAUUAAUGAGGGAAAACAACCUUGCCAAGACCCUUGAGAAACCAUAGGCAAAUCCCUAGCUUAGUUUCUAAGACUUAUCUGAGAGUGUAAUUUUAUGCACUGUAAUAAAAACUCUCUAGUCUCUGUUGUCAUUUGCUCUGUACAAUUGCUGUUUCUUCUAGUUGUAUGUAGCAUUUUCCCCCUUCUGCUCUUUCCUGAUGAUGUUUCUCCUUUCCAUUUCGAUUUGCUUGGUCUAGGCUCUAAUGUGAUUUUCUCUUGUAUUUUUGUUAUAUGUGAUUUCUGGUAUGACACUAUUAACCUUGGCUAUAUGUUCUAGGUACAUGAAUCUUGCCUUUUACCUGUAAAGAGUAUGAGAUUUCAAUAAAGUAUAUCAAAAUUCAGUUAAUUUCCAUUCAGACGAGGAUAUCAAAUCAACCCAGCAGCUUGGACAGAAAAGAAAAAAAGAGAUCAUGAAUGAGCAAUCUGGUUUUCGGAACAGUCCACUGAUGAGCACCCAGGGCAGCAAAAUGUUGGAAAAUUUGUACCCUUUUCCAAGACAAAGCUUGAUAUUUUCCUUUCCUCCAACUUAAAAGGUAACCAUCUUUCUAAAUCCUCUGGCCCAACAGAGUCAGACUAUACCCAACUUUAUACUGGCUAAAGUGACAUUUCUCCAAAUCUUCCUCAAUAGCUUACUUCAUUCAAAAGGUACCAAAUUGAAGUAUCUUGUUUUACACUUUAGUGAAAAAGUGAUGAGGCUAGGAAGGCAGACUGUAUACAUGUCACACUGACAUACCACCACAAUUUGCAGAACCUACAUGCACAGCUGUUUACAAAAUCUCCAAGUUAAUUAAGUGCACUUUAGGAAGUUGUCCUCAUGAAUCAGCUAGCAUUAGCAUAAUUACAAAAGCUACAUGCUGUGAAGAGGCUAAAAAAGCUAGGCUGGUGUUGGAAGUAAUAAUACAUAUAGAUUCCAUUCUAAUAAAUGCCGUUAGUAUAUAACGUCAAGUUCUGUAUAAUAAGGC